GACUCCGUUCCCCAGCCGGCCCUUCGCUUUCACACGAUCCGCGGUGACUGCACCAGCUCGAGCGCCUUUAAAGGGCCACACACUCAAGCCACCGCUAUAAAAUGUUCCCGGAGGCACAGCUGCAGAAGAAGAGGCACUGCUGAACGACUGAGAGGAGGCUCGCUGUGCCCGGCUGCCCACCCGCAGCCCGCAGGCGAAGGGUGGUUCGCCGAGAGGAGGAAGAGGGCCGAGGAAGGCACAGCACCGGCUCUGUCCCUCGCACAACAGCUCCCGCUGGCAGCAUCACUUCCCACCGGUUUAUCCAACUUCUGCCAAGGCUCUGAGAUGCCAACUAUGUCGAGGCCUGCACUUGAUGUCAAGGGUGGCAACUCAUCUGCAAAGGAGGAUGCCAACCAAGAGAUGAACUCUCUGGCCUACUCCAACCUGGGAGUGAAAGAUCGCAAAGCAGUGGCCAUUCUGCACUACCCCGGGGUAGCCUCAAAUGGAACCAAAGCCAGUGGGGCUGCCACUGGUUCCUCAGGAUCUCCAUCUCCAAUAGGCUCUCCUACUGCCACCCCUCCCACCAAACCCCCACCCUUCAACCUGCACCCCGCCCCUCACCUGCUGGCCAGUAUGCAGCUGCAGAAACUUAAUAGCCAGUAUCACGGGAUGGCCACCGCUGUUCAGGGCCAAUCUGGGGAGGCAGGGCCCCUGCAAAACUGGGGCUUUGGGGCUCAGGCGGGAGGGGCGGGGUCGCUCUCUCCUCCUGCUGGUGCCCAGAGCCCUGCCAUCAUUGAUUCGGACCCGGUGGAUGAAGAAGUGCUGAUGUCGCUGGUGGUGGAACUGGGACUGGACCGAGCCAACGAGCUUCCGGAGCUGUGGCUGGGGCAGAAUGAGUUUGACUUCACUGCAGACUUUCCAUCUGGCUGCUGAUGCCAACUGUCCCUAAAGAUGGAGGAAUAAAGCCACAGUUCUGUUGUAAAUAAAAAUAAAAGUUACUUACA